AUGACGAGCUCUAUGAGCUGUACGACGAACUCACCGUCGUAUAGCGGAAUCGUCAAGAUCCAGUCGGUUGGCCCUGUUAUGAGAAUGACACCGAACAACCCAGGUGAUUGUCUUACCCGUCGAGACAUACCCCAAAUAGAGAUGAAAAGACGAGCCAGAUUGUGCGGCCAAACGUUGCAUGACAGCCGCGUUGAUGUCGACGAUAAAUCAAACCGCGGUAGUACCGGCGGUACGGGGCUCGGACUCUCGGACGAGACACCCCCCGUCACUAGUGCGGACGCGACGUUUCAACAGUAUGUGGAGCUAAUGUUUCAAUUCGAUGCUGUUUUCGAAACACUCUGCCUAGCGCAAACAAACGAUUCCGUCGAAGCUGGACGGAUGGUAGAGGCCAACCAAGCCCUGCAGAACUGUGUCAACCUGCAUCACGAUCCGCAAAAUUUUACCAACGCGUUGGAUUUAUUGACCGUGGCAAAUCGGAAAGAUUUCAUCAGCUACAACUGUGAUCAAUUUGAGGAGAUAAAAAAGUGCUAUCAUCCCUUCACGCGACAGCUGGAAAUAUGUUUUACCGAGCGUGAUGUUGCCAUGAUUAAAACGCUAAUCAUGCUAGAGGAAGAGUUUGCGUACAUCUGUGAACGGGAUGGAGCCAAUGUCGUUAGCGUACAGCGAUCGAAUUAUUCAUACUGCGCCGGAAAUUUGCAAGAGCUUCUAAAGAACUGUUCCAUGCCAGAUUGGGCUGAGCUGCGAAGUAAAACCAUCGACACUAUGACGGAAAGAGACUGCAGCAUUUUUGAAACGCUAGCGACAUGCUUUCAGAUCAAUAUUACGAAUUGUGGUGCUCCUUUAUUUGCACAACUGUUCAACAUACGGUACCAAGCUAUUGUAAAGAAGACGUCUUGUAACAAAAACUUAUCAAACUAAA